AUGGAUGCUCUUCUGCUUCUACCAAUAACGGAUCAUCCUCUAGCGUUGGCAGCAGCGGCUAUUUUCUUCUUCGUCUCCUCAGAUGACGUGGAGAGCGACUUUCGAGACCCCUCCCACGCGCUCAGCUUCCUCCUCGCCCUCCUCAAGCACCACAUCGCUCCCUGCCCUCCACUGAUUGUUGAGUCGACUAAAUAUCCCUCCCACGCGCUCAGCUUCCUCCUCGCCCUCCUCAAACACCACAGCGCCGCCGCCCCUCCGCCUGCCGCCCCAAGCCCCCGUCCCGCACCUGCAUCUGCUGCCACCCGUGACAAGUCUCUCCCUGCCCGGGCAGGUUCCCCCUGGCAAGAAUGCCCCGUCAAGGGGGGGGAGAGGCGGGAGGCGGAAGCUGCUGCAGCAGCAGAGUGUAAGGUCAGGAAGCUGUUCCCGAGAGGGGGUGGGGGAGUGAUGUGGGAUGGGGAGGAGGAGGAUGGGGAGGGGGAGGGGGUGCGGGAGGAGGAAGCGAAGAGAGGCCGUGUUGGUGGUACUGGUGGUGGUUCUGCUGCUGGUGGUCCUGGUGAUGGUGGUGGUGGGUCGUCGGAUGUGACUGUUGUGGCGCUGGUGUUGGCCACAUUGAAGCGGAUCUGCUCCUCUGUGAUCGCCCUCCAAGCAGCACCAGACAACACGCUGCCGCCCUUCUCCUCCGGUCAGCCCGGGCGGCAUCAGCUCAUGCGCGUGGGCCUCAAGGACGAAAUGCGCCGCCUGGGAGGGCUGCACCUGGUGGCAGCCGUGGCUGCCAGGCACAUGCUGCAAUUUUCCUCUCUCUCCACGUCCACCCAUGAGCCACGUGCAGGCUGCCUUGGAGCGAAAGAAGCAGAGAGGGAGGCAUGGGGAGACGCCAAAAGGCGGAGGCUGGGGAGCAAGGAGCAUCCAUUUGGAUUAAAGAAGAAGCACCACUUGCAGCAGAAGCACAAGCGGAUGGGUGAUGCUGAAGCAGCAGCAGCAGCCAAUGAGGGCUUGACACAUGGCGGAAGAAUUUCCACCGGUGUUGAUGUGGCGACAAGCUGUUUGGGCGUGUUGGAGCAUGUCACGUUCAUGAGCCGCGAUAACCAAGACUAUCUCAUCCGCCUCUCCUUGCCCACUGACACUCUGCCUGGAGCAAAGCGAAGAAAGUUGUCUGGCUGCCACACCGCCUCUCCCGCUGCCGUGCCCCUCAGGGAAACAGCAGCCUUGAGUGGGGCUAAAGGGAAAGGGAAUGGAGUCAGCAUGAGUGAGCGAUCGUUUGUUGCUCUCCUGUUGGAGUGCCUGGAACAUCUUGCAGGUGGUGGGGCCGUUCAAAGCUCAAGGGGCAAGGAGAGCGCUAGCACUUCAGGAACAGAUUCCGAGGGGGAUGAGGGAAGAGCAGUGGGAGGGGCAGUGGGGGCCAGUGGUGGGGGAAAGGUUAUUCUGGGCGAUUCUGUGCCUCUGGGCUUGGGGCGAGAGGAGGGGAGUGAGGAGGGCGAAGAGGGGAGUGGGGAGGACGAGAAGGGAAGUGGGCGAAAUGGAGGGAAGAGAGUGUGUGGGGUGGCUGCAAAGGGGAAGUCUGGUGGGGGGAGGAGAGGGGUCCAGGCAAGUGGCAAGGAGAGGGCAUCCGCAGACCCGUUUUCCUUUGACCCAUGGGAGGAGGAGGGUGCAGGGAGGGUUGCAGGGAGGGUCGCAGCGAGGGUUGCAGUAAGGGCAGGUGCAGGGAAGAGCAGCAGCGUUGAUAAGGGGAAACAUGGAAAGGUGGCUUUCAAUGCAGGUGCAGGGCGUAGUGCUGUGAAUCAGGUUAUGCAAAAGCAGGAGAAAAUUGUAAUGCUGGGCGAGGCAGUGGAGGGGGAUUAUGAUGAGGAGGAGGAGGGAUGGCGACAUGGCAAGAAUGGUGCUCUUCCCAUGGAGGUCAGACAUGGCAUUGGUGCUGUUGCGCUGGGGGAAGAUGUGUCGGCAGAGGAGGAAGAGGACGAGGAGAAAGAGGGAGAAGGGGAGGAAGAUGGGGAAAGAGGGUUGGGAUUUUUCAUGGCUCACGCUGGUGCAGGCAGUAGGGGAGGAGCUAUUGUCCUGGGUGAGGAGAUUUUUGAGGCGCCUAAAAAACAUUUCAGGCCUCGCACUGGUGCAGGCAGUAACGGAGGGGCAGUUAUCCUAGGCGAGGCGGUAGGGGAGGAGCAGGAGGGCUCUGAUGAUGAGGGGUUGGAGGAUUCGGAUCUGAGUGGCAGGGAAAGGCACAGGCGAGCGAGUGCUGCGGUUGGGGGCGGUUCAGGGUUGAGAGAGAGGGGAGAUGGAGGGUUCGGGAGGAGUGAGGGCGUGGGGAAGGAUCCUUACGAGUUUCUGAUGGACUCACAGGUGGAGGAGGAGCUAUUAGUGGGGGAGGACAUGUUGGUGGGGGGAGAAUGGGGGGGAAUGAGGGGAGGAGACGGGUGUGGACAGGGGCGGGGUGGCGUGUGUGGGUCGGGGAUAAGGCUGGGAGAGGAGGUGGAGGGAGGGAGCAGUGGGAGUGAUGGUGAGUGUGGUGGGCUGCGCAGGCAGGGGGUGCAUGGGAGGAAGGUUCAGGGCAAGAAGGGGAGGCAUGGAGAGGGUGAGGAGUACAGGCUGGGGCAGAAGAAAUCUCGCAAUGGUUUGUCUACCAGAGGUGAUCCAAGCCAAGGUGCUUUCAGUGGGAAAUCUGGUGGCAAUCGGGAUGGUGAUGGUGGUGGCAGUUGCAAGGAGACGCUGACAGUGCGGUCACGGGCAGGACGGCGGUUCGUGCUGGCAGCAUGCAAGGUGCUCAUGAACGUCACCAACCACAGUGCAGAGGGGUGCAGAGCGGUGGCAGGGGCGCACGGGAUCGCUGUGGUGGCGUCUCUGGCUGCAGCCUGCUGCUCUGACCGCUGCUGGCAGCAUGCCCUGGCAUCUGCUGGGGCCCCGACUUGUGGAGGACGGGAAAAGGAGGGUGCAGCGCGUGGGGAAGGUUGGCCCUGGGAGGGAGAUGGUGACGUGCUGGUGGUGCUGCUGGGUCUGAUCGUCAACCUGGUGGAAGCUGAUAGUGACGCCAGAUCCCUACUGGCAGCAGCCACUUGCACGAGGCGAAAGCAGGGCCAGCUGCACUCCAAGCAGCACAGAGCCAGAGAAUACAGCAAAUACAGCACCCAGCAGCACAAGGCCCGUGGACACAGCAUGCAGCAGCACAGUGCCACCAGCAGUGGGAGCCGUGGCCAAGAGGAGGCAGGGAGGGCAGAGGAGAGUGUGUCGAUGGUGUCCCUCCUGUGCGCCAUCUUUGCAUCUCGCCAAAAAAGCUCCGAGCAGCAAAAGAAGCUGCAGCUGCAGCCGCAGCAGCAGCAGCAAAAGGAGAGGCAGGAUUUCGCUGCCAAUUGUCAGAUUUUGGAGCGCUCCAGCCAUGAGGAAAGGAGCGCGGCGGUGGUGAGAGGGAGUGAGGGUGCAGAAGAGAUGGGAAUGGCGGAGCAGAGGCGACUGGCGGAGCGGGAAGUGGAGGAAUUGCAGAUGAGCGUGCUUGGGCAGGGCGAGAUGGUGCUGCAGGGGGCGAUGGUGGGAGGUAUGGGGAUGAUGGAAGGGAUGGGGACUGGAAAGGAGGAGAUGGGGAAGGUGAUGGAAGAGGCGGUGGGGUCGGGUGAGAUGGUGAUGUCGAUGAUGGUGCAGGGGGCCGUGGAGGCGGAGCAGCUGAUCAUGGAGUCACAUGCUGCUCUGCUGCUGGGGCUGCUGGCGCAGCAUAGCGAGCCAGUGUGUCGGUCCAUCUGCAACCAGCUGCCAGGCUCCUCUCUGCAGCCGCUGGCUCCAGUGCUGCAGCAAUUCAUGGCAUUCCAUGACAGUGUGGGAGCAGUCACUGACGAGUCACGACAACUGCUGCGGCAAGUCAUUGUCUUCUGUGCGUCUCACAAGCGGGACUGA